ACCCAUCGCCUUAUCCUGAAAAUUAACAGGUAGAAAUGCAGUCGACCUCAUCAGCUCUACUGCGCAAAUGCUCUUACCCUCUUCCCCUUAACCACUUCCUCUUCCACUUCCAUCAUCGACACCCUUGCAAAACCCUCAACUUCCUUCCUCUCCCCCUAAAACCCCAAACCCACUCCGCAAACCACUGCGCGCUUUCCAUCUCUCAUACCAACAGUUGCAGCAGAGAGCACCAGGAGCAGAGCCAGAAGCACACCAAUGGCGAUUCCGACCGUUAUCAGAACGAGUUGUUGUUUCUGCAGUUGAACUCCUCCGGCGAUACCGAGGCCGGCAGUAAUCAAAGCCCAGAAGCCCCAAACGACGAACGAGGACGAGACCAAAGAGAGAGCGAAGCCGAUAAUUCCGAGGGACUUUUGACAAACAUGUGGUGGGCAGACGUGAAAGCCGCACUGGGACAAAGGUUCAACUUUGGAGCCAUAGUUCGUUCUGUCAUGGUGCUCACAAAAGACAAGCACUUGGCUUUGCCGCAUGUUUCUGUGCCUGAUGUUAGGUACAUUGAUUGGCCUGAGUUGCAUAGAAGGGGUUUCAAGGGUGUUGUGUUCGACAAGGAUAAUACUAUCACUGCACCUUAUUCCUUGACGCUUUGGGGCCCUCUUGGGUCUUCGUUGGAGCAGUGUAAAUCCGUUUUCGGGCCCGAUAUCGCGGUGUUCAGUAACUCGGCUGGGCUUUAUGAGUAUGACCAUGAUGGUUCAAAAGCUAGGGAGCUUGAAGGGGCAGUUGGAAUUAAAGUCAUAAGACAUAGAGUGAAGAAACCAGCUGGAACAUCUGAAGAGAUCGAGAAGCAUUUUGGUUGUAAAUCUUCACACCUAAUUAUGGUGGGAGAUCGGCCUUUCACUGAUAUUGUCUAUGGAAAUCAAAAUGGCUUUCUCACUAUUUUAACUGAACCGUUGAGUCUCAAUGAGGAGCCGUUCAUUGUUAGGCAGGUGAGGAAACUAGAAACAUCCCUUGUGAUUCAUUGGUUUAAGAAAGGGUUAAAGCCCACCAGUCAUAGGCUGUUGCCUGAUGGCAAGCAGUGUGUCAAACAUCCACCACCCCUGAUAUCUGUUUCUUGGGUUCAUUGUAGUUGUGAUUCUCUACAUUCACCUCCCUCGCCAGAUUGCAAAAGAACAGACAAUGCCAAGAGAAUUACAAACCAAAGAUCUCUACACAGUUUGGAGCUUUGAUGGAAGAUUAGUGUAUGAGGACAAUGUUGAAGCUAUAAAGGAAAAUGACUAGGAACAUUGUGUAGGAACAGGGGGCCAUGCAAGUGUUUACAAAGCUAAGGUGCAAACAGGCCAGAUUAUUGCAGAGAAGAAACUUCACACGCUACCAGGGUGGGAUAGAAAACCUAAAGGCUUUUGAGAGUAAGAUUCGUGCACUCUCAGGAAUCUGCCAUCGCAACAUUGUGAAGCUGUAUGGCUAUGUGCACAUCCACGGCAGUCAUUCUGGGUUUACCAGUUUCUGGAAGGAGGAAGCUUAGAAGGGUUACUAAGCAGUGACAAAGAAGCAACUAUGUUUGAAUGGAUUUCAAGGAUAAAUCUGGUCAGAAGUGUGGUGAGCGCUUUAUCCUACAUGCACCAUGAUUGCUUGCCUCCAAUUGUUCAUCAAGACACAUCAAGCAAGAAUAUCUUGAUGGAUUUAGAGCAUGCUGCUUAUGUCUCCGAUUUUGGCACAGCUAGAAUAUUGAAGCCUUACUCUUCCAAAUGGACUUCAUUUGCAGGCACAUUUGGAUACACUGCUCCAGAGUUUGCUUACACAAUGGAAGUGAAUGAAAAAUCUGAUGUCUAUAGCUUUGGAGUGUUAACUUUGGAAGUGAUCAUGGGAAAGCAUCCGAGAGAUCUCAUGAUCUCAGUUCUCUCCUCGACAAUAUCAACUGUGCUUAAUACACCGUUGACGGACAUUUUGGACCAAAGGCUUUCACCUCCAAGAGAUCAAGUUGCAGAGAAAGUGACGUUUCUUGUGAAGCUUGCAUUUUCAUGCUUGCCAACCCACAAUCUCGGUCUACCAAGCAACAGGUUUCCCAGGAGCUAACAAAUAUUUCAAGGGCACCUUUACCACCCUCAUUUGACAAGGUUACCUUGGGGCAUCUUGUUAACAAUGCUUAAUUUCCUCAGUAUCUGCAUCAAAUAUUUUCGACAAGUUUAAGAUUGUGUAUCCAAAUUUCGCUCUCUCUGACCAUAUAGUAAUUUCUCUCAAUAUACCAUUGUUUAUAUAUGGCUAUUGUCUUUUUAGUCUCUUCCAGCUACAUUAUUGAUUAAAAGUUUGUAACCUAUUCUAAAACUAGUUCACCUGUCCAAUCAUUUUGAUGAUUUUACCAUUUUUAGGCAAUGAGACAAACGUUCUCUUGGUCA